AUGAGCGACUUGGCGGCGCAGGCAGCCAGCGAGAAGCCCGAGGAAACGAGGGGGCGACGGCGGCUGGGAGCCCUCGUGGCCCUGCAGCCUGCGCCAGCGCCGGCGGGGAGAGCUCCCGCCGCGGAGGGCGGCCGCGGCCAGGCCCGAAUCGGGAGGAUUGAGCGCGAGGCUUGGGCAGCAGCCCUGAACGGCGCUGACACCCACCGAGCGGCGGUGGCCAAAACUGCGAGAAAUUCCCGGCAGCCUGCUUCUGCGAAGUGGUACGACCGAAGGGACUAUGUCUUUAUUGAAUUUUGCGUUGAAGACAGUAAAGAUGUUAAUGUAAAUUUUGAAAAAUCCAAACUUACGUUCAGUUGUCUUGGAGGAAGUGAUAACUUUAAACAUUUAAACGAAAUUGACCUUUUUAAUAAUAUUGAUCCAAAUGAAUCAAAGCAUAAAAGAACAGACAGAUCUAUCUUGUGUUGUUUACGAAAAGGAGAAUCUGGUCAGGCAUGGCCAAGGUUAACAAAAGAGAGGGCAAAGCUCAACUGGCUCAGUGUGGACUUCAACAACUGGAAAGACUGGGAAGAUGAUUCAGAUGAAGACAUGUCCAAUUUUGAUCGCUUUUCUGAGAUGAUGAACAACAUGGGCGGAGAUGAUGACGUAGACUUGCCAGAAGUAGAUGGGGCAGACGAUGACUCACCAGACAGUGACGACGAAAAAAUGCCAGAUCUGGAGUAAGGAAAACUGUCGUCUUCAGGGUUUGGGGAAAGAACUUCAUCACAACAUUUCAUAAUUGAGAUAAGAAUUCCUGAGUUGAUAGCCCUAAAGGGAGAUCCUGCAUCCUUUAACCCAUUUUCAGUCCAUUUUAAAUGGCUUCACUGAUGGUAGGUGUGUACCAUUGCACGGGGCGGUCUUAAGCCACGAGAGGCAAUAACGUUAUGCAUGAACCGUUUUCCAGACUUCCAAAAAAAAAAAAAAAAACCCAGUUGAGGUGUAGGCAAUCGAUACAGAACAGUCGCAAUAAAGUUUACAGAGCCUC